UUUUCCGCCGCCCCAUCAGUUUUUAACGAGAUUUUGUAACCUUCUGCAUUUAGAUUUUGUAACCUUUUGCAGGGAGAAAACUCCCUGAUGCCACUUCGCGUCAUGAAUAGUUUGGAAUCCGGUGUUUCGCAGUGAGAGUUUAGAUUUGCCGUUUCCAGGCUUAUCUAUGAAUUGCUUUGAUUUUUUGUAACUUUUUUGUUGCAUGCGUUUGUAAAGUGCAGCUUCGCCUCGAAAGUUUUGAUAAGAAUGAGCGUUGACAAUUAUUCUCGCUGAUCGCAGUAGAUCCAAAUGAAUGAAACAGAUAGUGCAAUUGCAGUUCGAAUGCAGUAAUAAUGCAGCGAGAAGAUCUUCUCUAUACUUCGCACUAUUGUGAAGAGAAUGUUUGGAAGUUCUGUGAGUCAGUACGUGGCUUUCUCGCUGGUCAGCAUUCGCCAAACCGUCUUAACGAGUGUUGGGCAGUUUUCGUAUCUAAUGCCAAUAAAACGGUCCCAAUUUGGUGCCAAAAAGCCUCCGCUGAUGCGGAUCAUCCAGUUGUAUGGGAUUAUCAUGUUAUAGCAGUUACAACCAGCUCACUGGCUGAACGGAUUGGAUUUAAAUUACAAGGCUCGCCAACGAAUACAGGUGCUGAAAAAGUGGUAUUUGAUUUGGAUACGAAUCUGCUGUUUCCAUGUGCUUUUGAUGAGUAUAUAUCGAAGUCUUUUGGAAGCGACGAAAAACUUCAGAAAAUGUAUCACAGAUGGUUCCGAGUUGUUCAAGCCGAACAGUUUUUAGCCGACUUUGCUUCUGACCGAAGCCACAUGAAGAAGAUGAAAAAGGACGGAUCUUUUGAAUGGUCUGCGCCGCCACCACCCUACGCGCCUAUCAAAACUAAAAAAUGUGAAAAUAAUAUCGAGAAGUUUUGGUCGAUGGAUGAAACAAGCAACUCAUUUGGGACAGUUCUGAGUUUAAUGGAUUUUAGUAAAAUUUAGAUAGUUUAGUUUGACUGAAAUCUAUCUAUCUAUACUAUAUUUAAAUGCGUGUGACA